UGUUCCCAAUUAUUUCUUUUUUCUAUUUUUUGAAGGGACCCACUUAUCUAUCAACCCUUGCACUCCUCAGAAAUAGUCUUCACCAUCGAUUAAGAAUCAACGGUUCAGAUCAAGUUACUUCCCUACGAAAUGUUCUUUGCUUCCCUAGUAUAGGCUAUAACUUUUCUCAAAACAAAAGUAUCGUGAAAGCGAUGUUUCUAUCUAAAAAGAUAUCAACGGUUAAGAUCUUUUAGCAGGAAAACAGUAGCUGAUCUCAAACUUGGUGGGACCCAUGUUUUUUCUCCUUGAUCCUAUUUAUACAUGCAGGAGUCGAAGGGGUUAUUUCUUACUCAUUCACCUUUUCCUCUCGUUGCUUCAUCAAAUUGGUCAAUAUGGGAGCAAAAAUAUUUCUUUUUGCCCUGGUUCUCUCAGCACUGUUAUUUCCAUUAGACUCCUCAUCAAAUGAUGGCUUGAUUAGAAUUCGGCUGAAAAAAAUGAAAUUUGAUCAAAACAACCGACUUGCUGCACGCCUCGAGUCCAAGGAAGGGGACGUUUUAAGGGCGUCUUUUAGGAAGUAUAACUUCCAUGGUAAACAUGGGGACUCUCAAGAUACAGACAUUGUAGCACUGAAAAACUAUAUGGAUGCUCAAUACUUUGGGGAGAUUGGUAUAGGCACUCCACCUCAAAAAUUCACUGUAAUCUUCGACACCGGUAGCUCCAAUCUGUGGGUGCCUUCAUCCAAGUGCUAUUUCUCUAUUCCCUGUUUCUUUCAUUCCAAGUAUAAAUCAAGCCAAUCAAGUACUUAUAAGAAGAAUGGGGAGCCUGCUGCAAUUCAGUAUGGCAGUGGAGCCAUUUCUGGAUUCUUCAGUGACGAUAAUGUCAAAGUUGGAGACCUUGUGGUAAAAGAUCAGGAAUUUAUUGAGGCAACCAGAGAACCCAGUGUCACAUUUUUGGUAGCCAAGUUUGAUGGUAUAUUGGGUCUUGGAUUCCAGGAGAUUUCUGUUGGAAGUGCUGUCCCAGUUUGGUACAACAUGGUCAAACAGGGCCUUGUCAAAGAUCCUGUCUUUUCAUUUUGGCUCAACCGAAACACGAAGGACGAGCAAGGGGGAGAAAUUGUGUUUGGUGGUGUUGAUCCCAAUCACUUUAGGGGAGAAAUCACUUAUGUCCCAGUCACGCAGAAAGGUUAUUGGCAGUUUGACAUGGGUGAUGUUCUGAUCGAUGGUAAAGCUACCGGUUACUGUAAAAGUGGGUGCUCGGCUAUAGCAGAUUCUGGGACUUCUCUCUUGGCUGGUCCAUCGACCAUAAUCGCUACGAUUAAUCAAGCCAUUGGAGUCUCUGGAGUUGCUAGCCAACAAUGCAAAGCUGUAAUUCAAGAGUAUGGGCAAACAAUCAUGGAUUUGCUGUUAGCAGAGGCACAUCCAAAGAAGAUCUGCUCGCAGGUUGGAGUAUGCACUUUUGAUGGAACUCACGGAGUUAGUAUGGGAAUUGAGAGUGUAGUGGAUGAGAAAGCUGGCAGAUCAGCAGGACUGCAUGAUGGUAUGUGUUCUGCUUGUGAAAUGGCGGUCAUAUGGAUGGAGAAUCAACUGAGACAAAACCAGACUCAAGAUAGCAUAUUGAACUAUGUGAACGAGCUUUGUGAGCGUCUCCCAAGCCCAUUGGGAGAAUCAGCUGUUGACUGUGGAAAGCUUUCUUCCAUGCCUACAGUCUCCUUCACGAUUGGUGGAAAAGUGUUUGACCUCUCCCCCAAUGAGUACAUACUCAAGGUGGGCGAGGAUGAUAAAGCACAAUGUAUUAGUGGUUUCAUUGGCUUGGAUAUUCCUCCUCCCCGUGGACCUCUCUGGAUCUUGGGUGAUAUUUUCAUGGGUCGGUAUCACACAGUCUUCGAUUAUGGAAAAACCAGAGUUGGAUUUGCUGAAGCAGCUUGAUGAAACUAAUGUGUCCCUCCUAUGAAGAGAGAUGCAUAGUAAAUGGGAUUGAAUGUAUGAACACUCAUUGAAUGUAUGAACACUAAUUGAAUGUAUGAACACUCCAAGGUGUUAGAAAAACUAUACUUGUAAAUAUUUGCCUUUCUCUUCGACUAUGAGAUGUAGUAGCACUUGCUUCUAUAUCCACUUUGCUUCUAUAUCCACUGUGCUUAGUUCCUCGCGUGCAAGAAUAAUAAAAGUUCAUUUUCUUUCUCUAA